AUGGCCCCGCCAAAGCCGUCAGCCAAGGGAGCGAAGAAAGCCGCCAAGACCGUCACCAAGCCAAAGGACGGAAAGAAGAGAAGAGCCCACCGCAAGGAAUCGUACUCUGUCUACAUCUACCGUGUCCUCAAGCAGGUUCACCCAGACACUGGAGUCUCCUCGAAGGCUAUGUCCAUCAUGAACUCCUUCGUCAACGACGUCUUCGAACGUAUCGCUGCUGAGGCUUCUCGUCUUGCCCACUACAACAAACGCUCAACCAUCUCUUCCCGCGAAAUCCAAACGGCCGUCCGUUUGAUCCUUCCAGGAGAGUUGGCAAAGCACGCCGUUUCUGAGGGAACCAAGGCUGUGACCAAGUACACCUCCAGCAAAGAACAGUUCCAGCUCACAAGAAGACCGGUUCCUAGCUCUGCCGGUCGUCAUAUUUCUGUUUUCGCGAAUCAUUUCCAAAUCAGUUGCAAUGGAUCAAUCGUCUUCCAAUAUCACAUUUUAAUCAAUCCGGAUGUUCUAUCGAGAAAUUUGAACAGAAUAAUUGUGAAUACGUUGCUCGAACAAGCUCCAGAACUUCUGGAGUCAAAUUUGGUGUACGAUGGUUUAAGCACAGUUUACACUACUACUCCCAUCGACGUGGAAAGAACUAAUCAGAUGCUAAUCACUGUGAAAGGAAUCAAGUUUACAAAGGAUUCGCCUAAUCAGUUUAGCAUCUUCUUCACUUGUGUAGACCGUUUCUCUCUGGACACGAAAAUCUCAUAUAACAAGCACGAUACAUACGAAAAACUACGAAUGAUUCAUGCGAUCGACACGAUCUUACGACAAACUUCAUCCGCCCGCUUCCACACUGUUCUACAAUCAUUCUUCUCUAUUACGCCGCAUACGAAAAUCGGACCGUCACAUGGCCUCGGUUGGGGUACUGUUAAUCUAGGACUCGGCCGAGAAGUAUGUUACGGUUUCUAUCAGAACGUUGUCGAAACAUUUGACAAAUUGACUAUGAACAUCGAUGUUGCCACAACAACGUUUUACCGUCCAAUAGCACUCGCAGAGUUUCUCGCAGAAGUUCUCGAAGUUCCGCUAGCAACAGUCACUGAUGGACGAUCAUUGAGUGAGGUUCAGAUAAAGAAGUUCAAUCGCGAAAUUACUGGUUUGAAAGUCGAAACCAGACACUGUCACACACCGAGAAGAUUCCGAAUCGCAAGAUGUACUUGGAAGCCUAUGAAGUCUCUCAUGCUCAAUAUUGACAACGAUAAAGAAGCUUCUACGUCGAUUUCUAUGCUGGAUUAUUUCAAAACCCGAUAUAAUAUUGACUUGAAGUAUCCUCACCUUCCAUGUGUCGAAGCCGGACGUACUCGCGAGUGCAUCCUUCCGUUAGAACUCUGUUACAUUGUUAGUGGCCAAAGAUGCAUCAAGAAGCUCAACGAGCAGCAGAUCGCCAACCUCAUUCGAGCAACGAGCAGAAAUGCUACAGAACGGAAGAAUGCCGUUCUCAAUCUUCAUGAGCGAAUCGAAGUAGGGAAAGAUCAUUAUGCAUCUGAAUUUGGACUUCGAGUGCAAAAUCAAAUGAUGAAGUUAGAUGGUCGAAUUCUUCCAGCUCCACGUCUGAUUUACUGUUAUCCAAACUCGAAACGGCAAGAUUGUGUGACAACUCCAAAUAAUGGAACAUGGGAUAUGAGAGGAAAGAAUUUUUAUUCCGGAGUUGAGAUCAAAAAUUGGGCCGUGGUCUGUUUUGCUGAGCCAGCGAUCGUUCCUUCCAAUAAUCUACAAAUGUUCAUAGGCAGUCUAGAAAAGGUAGCCAGAGAAAUCGGAAUGCCGUUUGUCAACGAAUAUUGCUUCUUCAGAUAUGUCCCAGCUGAACAAGCGACCAACUCACUUGAGUUCCUCCAGGAGCAGUUUCCAGAUCUUCAACUCGUCAUAUGCAUUGUGUCUGGAAAAUCCACAGUCUAUGGAGACUUGAAACGAAAAGGAGAUCUUCUCGGAUUGACAACUCAAUGUAUUCGUACUAACAAUGUAGCACGAGUUUCACCUCACACUCUUUCUAAUCUCUGCAUGAAAAUCAAUUCGAAACUCGGAGGAGUCAACGUCGUUUUGUCAGCUCCUCCACCAUCAACAGCUACAACACCAACUCUUUUCAUUGGAUGUCAUUUAUCUCGGAAUUCCGUGGCGUCAUCAUCAGAAUCAUCUUCUUCUCUCAAUUAUUCUGACACUUCUAUCGCAUGUCUUGUUGGAUCAAUGGAUGGCCACCCAACACGCUUUGCUCCCAUUUUCCGUUUACAGCCACGGAACGCGAAUACAAUCAUAGAUAUGUCUGAAAUGAUGAAAGAAGCGAUUUUGAACUUUCGAAAAACGACUGGAUUCAAGCCACACAAAAUUGUGAUUUAUCGGUCUGGCGUUGAAGGAGACUCUAUCGACGAGAUUCUUCAAGCUGAGCUUCGAGCAAUCCGGGAUGCGUGCACAAUGAUUGAAUCAGGUUUUCAGCCAGGCAUCACAUUCAUUGCAUUGGAUGUUGCUCAUCAUACUAGAUUAUUUGCGGCCAAUGAAAGGGAUCAGAUUGGCCACAGCCGUAAUGUUCCAGCUGGCACACUAGUCGAAACUGGAAUAACUGUCAAUAACCACUUUGAGUUCUAUCUGGUUUCGCACGCAGGAAUCCAAGGAACCUCUCGCCCAACCAAGUAUGUCGUUAUGUGGGAUGACAACAAUAUUCCGUCCUAUGAGAUCCAUGAAAUGACUUAUCAGGACAAAUCUUUAUCCGAAGGAAUGCUAUUCACUUAA